UUGGGGAAGGGGAGGGGUUGAGUGUGUGUGACAGAGACGCAUCUCUCCCCCUCGGGAGGGUUUUCUCUCCACUAUGAGCUUCCUGAUUGAUUCCAGCAUCAUGGUCGUGUCUCAGGUUCUAUUCUUUGGAUUUGGAUGGCUGUUCUUCAUGCGUCGGCUCUUCAAAGAUUAUGAGGUGCGGCAGUAUGUUGUACAGGUUGUCUUCUCUGUCACCUUUGCGUUUUCCUGCACCAUGUUUGAACUUAUCAUUUUUGAGAUACUAGGGGUCCUAAACAGCAGCUCUCGGUAUUUUCACUGGAAGUUGAACCUCUGUGUGAUUUUGCUUGUCCUUGUAUUCAUGGUUCCCUUUUACAUCGGCUACUUUGUUGUGAGCAACAUCCGAUUGUUGCACAGACACAGACUGCUUUUUGCCUGUGUUGUCUGGCUAACAUUCAUGUAUUUCUUCUGGAAACUGGGGGAUCCAUUUCCUAUCCUCAGUCCAAAACAUGGAAUUCUAUCCAUAGAACAACUCAUCAGUCGAGUGGGAGUGAUUGGGGUGACCCUCAUGGCUCUACUUUCGGGGUUUGGUGCCGUCAAUUGCCCAUACACUUAUAUGUCUUAUUUUCUCAGGAACGUGACAGAUGCAGACAUUCUAGCUCUGGAGCGUCGUCUCCUCCAAACCAUGGACAUGAUCAUCAGCAAGAAGAAAAGGAUAGCGAUGGUUCACAGAAACAUGUUCCAGAGAGGGGAAGUUAACAACAAGCCCACUGGUUUCUGGGGGAUGAUAAAAAGUGUGGCAUCAUCUUCACCAGGCAGCGAAAAUCUGGCAGUUAUCCAGCAGGAGGUAGAUGCUUUGGAGGAGCUGAGUCAGCAGCUUUUCUUGGAAACGGCUGACCUGCAUGCUACCAAGGAGAGGAUAGAAUACUCUAAAACAUUCCAAGGGAAAUACUUUAACUUUCUGGGCUACUUUUUCUCAAUCUACUGUGUCUGGAAAAUUUUUAUGGCAACAAUCAAUAUUGUUUUUGACAGAGUUGGAAAGACGGACCCAGUCACACGAGGAAUUGAGAUAACUGUGAACUAUUUGGGGAUCCAGUUUGAUGUAAAAUUCUGGUCUCAGCAUAUUUCCUUUAUCCUUGUUGGAAUAAUUAUUGUCACCUCUAUCAGGGGUUUAUUGAUUACACUCACAAAGUUUUUCUAUGCUAUCUCAAGUAGCAAGUCUUCUAAUGUCAUUGUUCUGUUAUUGGCACAAAUAAUGGGGAUGUAUUUUGUGUCUUCAGUGCUUCUGAUUCGAAUGAGCAUGCCUCCAGAGUAUCGCACCAUCAUUACGGAAGUUCUAGGAGAAUUACAGUUUAACUUCUACCACCGCUGGUUUGAUGUUAUAUUUCUGGUCAGUGCUCUCUCCAGCAUCCUCUUCCUCUACCUGGCGCAUAAGCAGGCUCCUGAAAAGCACAUGGCACUCUGAAUCCAUCUUGGUUCUGCAUUGUGUGAUGGACGAAAGCAAAGUAUUUGGCAUAUUGCCAUCUUUUUUUGCGAUGGAUUAUCAGUUCUUUGACAAGAACCAAAUAUAUCAGUGUAGGCAAAAGGAGAGGCAAGAAAUAGCCCCAAGAAACAACCCUUGUGCUAUAAGCAUGUCCUUGAGUGGAAAUAAAUCACAAGGAGUGAAAGGGCAGCUCUCUCAAAAGCAGCAUGGGAAGAAACAAUUCUGUGAUGUUUAGUAAGUGAUUGGCAAGAUGUCUGCUUAAAUGUCUUAAUCUGGAAGUAGUGAUUCUGGAACUGAACAUCUAAAUAAACCAGCUUUUAUAACAAUUCA